AUGCUGCUCCGACCGGCUGUCUCGCCAUGGACAGCUGUUGCCCAUCGCACAUGCGCUGCCACGGCGCGCCGGUCCCCAAUGCCCUCCUCACCCUGCGCACCCUCGCGAUGCAUCAACAUUGCAGCCGCCGCCACCACCACCACCACCACCACCAACAACGACAACAACACCACCUCGGCCACAGACGCGCCAUGGGAGCCCCAGACCAACAUUGACACUGCCUCGAUACCCACGGCCUCGCCAGAUGCCCACUUCAAAGUCCUCGGGACCCCCUUUUCCCUCCUCUCCGUCUCCCUCUCCGCCUCGCAAACACUCUACACCCGCCGCGGCACCCUCGUCUCCCUCAGCGGAAAGCCCGAAAACACAGUCUCGACUCUGUCUGUCCUCGAGCCCAUCCGCCGCGCCCCCGUAGGCAUCCCCUUCCUCUACCAAAAAGUCUUCUCCACGAGCCCCGUCACGGCUCUCAUCUCGACCAAGUCGCCCAUCUCGAGCAUAGUCUCUGUCCACCUCGAUGGCCGUCAAGACUGGGUCGUCAGCCAACGGCAGGCCUUGCUGGCUUGGACCGGUCACACGUUGAGUCUGAAGCCUCAGUACAAUGCCAAGCUUGGGCUUGCUCACUGGGGCAAUACCUACAUCACCGGGCGAGGGCUGAUGGCGCUUGCUGGGAGCGGACAGAUCUAUCAGGUACAGAUCAAAGAGGGCGAGAGCUAUGUGGCACAUCCCAGCAAUGUUGUCGCAUACACGGCCUCGCUAACGCCGCCACAACCCUUCCGCUUCAAAUCUUCCAACUUCCGCUUCCAGGUGCCUGACCUUGGCUUCGGCACCCUCGUACAAAAGGUCCGCUUCUUCAGAGUCAUGAGCCAGACGGCAACGUGGAAAGCUCUGUCAUCUACCUAUCACACCCUCAAGACCUACAUGCGAAAGAUCAUCUAUGGCGACCGAUUAUUCCUUCGCUUUGAAGGCCCCACCACGAUGCUUCUGCAAUCACGCGCCUCUCGCAUCAGCGAUACCCUCAGCCUACGAGAUGUCAACGAAAUCGCAGACAGCGCCCCAGGUGCUGUAGAUGAUGCCGUAUCACGUAAGAUCAGUCGGGAAAUCAAGGAAGUCAAACGGGAAUCCACUCCAACUCCUUCGCCUUCGACUGCAGAGACGUUGAGAUAUGUCACGAUAAAAGACGGCAAAGCAGAGUUUGACAAGCCACCAGCUUGA